AUGACAGACAAGAAUAGCAGCUCCUGCUAUCGGUAUAUGUUAUGGGAAACUGAUAAUCCAAAGGACUGUGAAGGUCAAUACAUUUGGCUUGGACCAUCCCCUGUGCCCGCUUGGACACCCGAAAGCUUUACAGGUUUCGGAGACUGGGUCUUAAUGACAAACUGCCCCAGCGGUCGUUUCCUAGAUUGCCCCGAGAACUGGAAGUGUGAUUCAGACACAGAGUUGGGACAGCCAUCUGAUACAAUUCCAGCAUCCACGGAUUUCGAAAUUCAAGAACCAGUCACUAUAACAAGCCUUUUGGCUGCGUCCGAGAUUCAUGUGGUAGACAUUUACACAGGUGUUGACGGACAUCUCACAACAAGUUCAGAGACCAGAUUCGUUAGCGGUGGUAUAUCCACGAUGACGACAGUCGUUCCAUUGCAGCUGACUGCAUUCGGAACUCCUGGAGGUCUUAUAUGUAUAGUCCAAAACACUAGUCCUAUCUCCACAGGCUCCCUUGCACCAGAUCAAUGGAGCAAUCAAUACUUAAUAACCACAACAAUUUCAAGCACAAAUUUUCUCGGCAGCCCACCGACUCCGACACAGACGAUUGCCGAUGCACUCUCAAACCCCACAAGACUGUUCACUACGGUGACACCAGAAACCGCGCCGGGGUCUCUAAGUGGGGUGCAGUCUGAAACUAUCAUCACCCUAUUCAACUUGGCUGGUAUUCUAACAGGUACAUCGAUCAUAGAGUUGGACAUCUUAACAGACUCCUCUGGUCGACCCACAGCUACGGUGACGGAGCUUUCAGAGACACCAAGAAAAUCUAACAGCUUACCAAUCCAAACACCAACAACAGCGUUAAACAUCUCUCUUGUGCUACCAAAGACAUCGCCAAUAACUUCACUAGAGACUGUCAUCAACUCAAACGGGAUGCCUAUAGAAACCUUAACAGUCAUAUUCGAGACACCUUCCAAUUCCAGUGGCGCACCAGCAAAGACACUCGAAGAGUUCACAGCAACUGGUGCUAUCACUGCGCCGUCUUUCCCGAAAGAGACCGGCGGCACAAUGGGAAAUUUGUCCCACAUCUCAAGCCCUUUGCUCUCCAUUCCUAUUGAACCUGCGAAUUAUUUCGUGGCAAUGUUCGUUCCGGUUUUGAUGGCCGCUAUUUUGUCCAUUUUCAUUCAAAUGGUCGACAAGAACCUGAAGCUUAUGUUGCCAUUUUACGCCCUCACGAGGUCUGGAGGCGCUGCAGUAACAGAUUCGCUGUGUUUGGUCCCUGGUGGUUUCGCAGGGUCAUUGCAUAGUAUUAGAUUGUUGUUUCGGAACAAUGAGCCGAUCUCAUUCCUGUGCGACGUUCUUGUCCUUCUUACGGCUGUUUUAAUCUCUAUCUCUAGCGAAGCUAUUGGGAUAAAUCUUACAGGGGUAUGCGACUUGAAUAGCUUCAAAGGUUGCAGUAUGUUCUUUGAUGUCUUUGAUGGACCAUCUCGAGCUGUGGAAUAUCUGAUGGUCAUUAUGGUUGCCGUUAUAAUCUGUAUUUGCAUACUUUUAUAUUCAAUGAGGUCCGGCGUUGCAUUUAGCCCAUGGAGCAUUGCAUCUAUUGCGUCAUUUCUCUCGGAAGAAAUGUCAGAGCUAUUCCAAUCUCUUCAUCUUGAGAGUCGGAAGGGCAUUGAGAUGAAAGAGAUGACCAGUCGUCUUGAAGAGAGGAACUAUGCCUUCGGAUUCUAUUUUGGAAGUCGAGGCAUCAUCGAAUACGGGAUCGUCCUACGACCUGGAAAGCAACAUCCCCCGCUUCCAUCGUCAACAAGUGGGCCAGAAGGUAAAAUACCGAAGGAGAGCUCCCAUUGCUUUCCCAAGAGGCUCAUUGUGGAGUACGGAUUUCGUGUAUUGUUCCUGACAACUCUUUGUGGCCUCCUCACUCUGAUCGUCUAUUACGACACGGUCCGGCUUAACGCAAAGACCAAUUCUUUCGAGCGAUUUAUCGAUAGCCAGAAAUUUGGAGUUCGGUCUUUCUUCGUUGCAUGCGGUGUCAUUAUCUCGUUCUUCUGGGAUGAUAUGUUCUCACGAGUGGGGCGGAUGCAGCCUUAUAAAGACUUGUCCCAUUCCCCUCGGAGAUCGAAUAAAGCAAUUUCGGCUUCGUUACGUCCUACCGUCUUCCCUGGAUUCUGGAAUGCCGUACGAAACAGACAAGUCUUUACUAGCAUCGUGGCUUUUGCAAGUAUCUUAUCCAAGAUCACUCCCAUCUUUCUUUCCAACAUCCCGUUCCGCAUUACUCAAACCUGGACAACUCAUAAGCUAUGCGCAUGGACAACAAUUACAAUAUUAGGCUUCAUGAUUCUCGUACUAAUAUGGUCUUUCUUCGUCAAGGACCCUCAGAUGCCGGUUGAUGCAAAUACAAUUGCAGGACAUAUGUACUACUUAUAUGAUUCCUCCAUCCUGAAAGAUUUCCAAGGAACAUGGAGGUUGAGCGAGAAGGAGUGGAAAGAACAUCUAAAAGGCAUUAAGAAGAAUUACAAGCAUAAAAACAAGGUGGGAUCCUCAGGACAGCCGAAAAUUGGCAUUUACCGAGACGGAACUUUGGAUGGUUGA